AAAGGGGGAGAAUAAGGAGGAGAGGAGAGGAGUGGAGAGGAGUGGAGAGGUAGAGGAGAGGAAGCGCCUUCGAGCCCAUGCCCACCCACGCACUGGUCUGGGGAGGAGUGAGGUCACUUACUACGCACAACCAUACAAAUUAACAGAAAACAAACACAGGUUUGCGUUUGCCCUACAUCCCUGUCCCUACCUUGGGCUGUUGUUUCUUUGCUGUGGUCCUCAUGGGUGCAGUUCUGCUUCUGCUGGUCUCUCCGCCACUUCAUGCAGAUCACUGCAUACAAGAUGAUUCCCUGUGGAGCCGUGCUGACCUUCACCCGCUGCCUCCUUCGGAGGAAAAUCGUCACCUUGGAUAGUCUGGAGGACUCCAAGCUCUGCCGCUGCCUGACCACUGUGGACUUGAUUGCCCUUGGGGUGGGAAGCACCCUCGGAGCGGGGGUCUACGUCCUCGCGGGGGAGGUGGCCAAGUCUAGCUCCGGCCCCAGCAUUGUGCUGUCCUUCCUGAUCGCGGCCCUGGCCUCCGUGAUGGCCGGCCUGUGCUACGCGGAGUUUGGGGCCCGGGUCCCCAAGACGGGCUCUGCAUACUUGUACACUUAUGUCACUGUGGGCGAGCUGUGGGCCUUCAUCACAGGCUGGAACCUCCUCUUGUCUUACGUCAUUGGAACCUCCAGCGUGGCCCGGGCAUGGAGUGGCACCUUUGAUGAACUGCUCAACAAAGAGAUCAGCAGGUUUUUCCGGAGCCACCUCAGCAUGUACUCCCCGGGGCUCGCCGAGUAUCCAGACUUCUUUGCCGUGUGCCUCAUCCUCCUCCUGUCGGGCCUCCUGUCAUUUGGAGUCAAAGAAUCGGCCUGGGUGAAUAAAAUCUUCACAGCAGUCAACAUCCUGGUCCUGAUCUUUGUGAUAAUUUCGGGGUUUGUGAAAGGCCACAUCGCCAACUGGAGGAUCAGUGAGGGCUUCCUCAACAAUAUCUCUGCCGCCACCCAGGAUCCGUCCAAGAAUGAGACAAGCCAGUACGGGGUUGGCGGCUUCAUGCCCUUUGGCUUUAAGGGGACGCUGGCUGGAGCUGCCACGUGCUUCUACGCCUUCGUGGGUUUCGACUGCAUUGCCACGACUGGGGAGGAGGUCAAGAAUCCUCAGCGGGCCAUUCCCAUCGGCAUCGUCACCUCCCUGCUCGUGUGCUUCAUGGCCUACUUUGGCGUGUCUGCGGCCUUGACCCUCAUGAUGCCCUAUUACCUCCUGGAUGAGACCAGCCCCCUCCCCGUAGCCUUCGAAUAUGUGGGCUGGAGCCCUGCCAAGUACGUGGUGGCCGUGGGCUCCCUCUGUGCUCUGUCCACCAGUCUCCUUGGAUCCAUGUUCCCAAUGCCGCGGGUAAUCUAUGCUAUGGCAGAAGAUGGUUUGCUUUUCCAAUUCUUAGCUAAAGUCCAUCCCAAAACGAAGAGCCCACUCAGUGCUACUUUGACAUCGGGUUCCGUGGCAGCGGUCAUGGCCUUCCUCUUUGACCUGAAGGCUCUGGUGGAUAUGAUGUCUAUCGGGACCCUCCUGGCCUAUUCGCUUGUGGCUGCUUGUGUCCUCAUCCUCAGGUACCAGCCCAGCCUGACUCACCAGAAGACAAAAUAUUGCCCGGAGAAAGAAGGCUUGACCUUGGGCCCAGCCACAGACCUGAUGCCGGGGUCUGGGAACAGCAAGCAGGACCUCAUCAAGCCCUCGAGGUUACCCACCCAGCGGUCAGCGUCUCUCGUCAGCUUUUUGGUGGGACUGCUGGCAUUCCUGGUUCUUGGCCUCAGCGUCCUGAUGACCCAUAGCGUGAAUGCCGUUACCAAUAUGGAACCGUGGUGCCUUGGCCUUCUCUCUGUGAUUGUCUUCCUUAUCAUCAGCAUCAUCCUCAUCAUCUGGAGGCAGCCUCAGAAUGAGCAGAAAGUGGUCUUUAUGGUUCCUCUGCUGCCCUUUCUGCCUGCGUUCAGCAUCCUGGUGAACAUUUACCUCAUGGUCCAACUGAACGCACAAACAUGGAUCCGAUUCAGCGUCUGGAUGGCUAUAGGUUUCCUCAUUUACUUUUCUUACGGCAUCAGACACAGUUUAGAAGGGAGCCAAAGGCAUGAAGAUGAAGGCGUAAAUCCGGAGAACAUGGUGGGGCAAGCAGAAGAAAAAAGCCCAAUUGAGGCCAGCAGCCUUACAUAGGGCAAAGCCAGCGCCCAUUCCUUCUUCUGGACCGGACAAGUCGAUGUUGAUGACUGUGCGCUCUCCACUGGGCAACACAGUCCCAGU